AUGUUAAAAAGGGAAUUACCACCGAUGUGCAGAAUGACGACUUCUUAUUUGGAAUCUUCAGCACCAGCAAACAGCUCCUCCACCGUGUCAUACAAUAAGACUAGAACACGAGGCAACAAGGCACUCGCCAUGUGGAAGGUAAAAGUGUGCGCAGCAAUGGCAUUCGUCAACUACCUGAUAAUAUACUCGUCAAGAAACCUGCUCAAUGGCCUCAUCGUGUCGCGCCAAGGGCCAAUUACAAAGCUUGUCUCGAUAGCAUUUUAUGUGCAGCCGCUUUCUCUUAUAUUAUCGGUAUGGAUCCGUAAUCUGAUCAAAAAGUAUUCGAUCAGGCAGCUGUUGGAUUAUGCCCUGCUCAUCUUUGCGCUGCACUUCUCAGCCGUAGACUUUCUGCUCGUAAAGUUUCGACAUGUGUUGGAGGCCGGCCCGUUUUACAUCGAAGAUUUUCUCUCCGAUGGAAAAUCGGAGUACAGGCGGGUAGGUCUGCUUUUCGUGGCGCUUUCAACGGUCACAUCUUGCACCAUUACCGUGCAGUACACGAUGAUAGUGAUCUUUGAAUUUGUGGUGCAGUACGUCCUGAUGUUUUCGUUUUUUAACGACUUGUUUUCACAGAAGCAGUUUAACAGCUUUAUUUCCAUCCUCUGCUUGUGCGAUGUUAGUGGCAGCUUUUUCUCCAGUGUUAUCUCAUCGAUAUACUCCGGUGUAUGCAGUCUGGGCUUGUGCGCGAGAGAAACAGCGCAGACCGUUUUCUUCCUCUUCAUGUCCGUACUGUGCAUCGUUUUGCUUUACCUCUCCAGAAAAAUACAAAAGGCAACGCAGCAGGAACGCGUGAUAGAACUAGAUGACCGGUUCAAAAUCCAGGUUGAAAGCUCAGGUGAAGGCGCUUCGCUUACAACCAUGGGUGUGAUUGAUUGUGUUAUGCGUAAUUGUUUUAUCCGCUCUGUCAGCUUCUUCGUGGUAUUUUUCUUCUUUAUCAACGAGUUGCUGUACACCUCGCUUGAAACUACGAUUUGUGAGAUGAAGGCAGGGACUUCGGAAACUCUUUCUGCCUCUGUUACAGGCACUACAUGCAUUAUUCGUGGUGUGUCGUCCUGCGUUAUCCUGGUCUUUCUGCUCACUUCGCUGUCUCAAUGGUUGGUCAUACACAGAUGGUCAUUUCUCGCUUACACCACGCCUCUGCUGAGCUUCUUUUCGUGUUUCAUUAUUUUUGGGCUGGACAUCAUCCGUGCCGGUAUGAAAGGAGUGAGCCUGUCGUCCAUAAAUCACUGCAUGUCGUUCAUAAACGAUGCCAACUAUAUUUUCUUCAAAGACCACCUCGAGAGUGCCACUCUCGUCAUCAACAUAGCGGUCUGCAUACUUUUAAAGAUCGUGAGAGUUGUCGCAUUCUUCAUGUCCAAGGAGACGCUCACGAUGAUGAUCGACAGAAAGAUAAGAUCAAGGCUGCGACCGAUCUAUGACGGCAUGUGUCCUCUGAUUGGUAAGUCGUUGGCUGCCUUGACCAUGAUUUUAUGUGCUGAGGCAAUGAAAGUGUACAAUGUGCACACAUUUUCGGUCUUUUUGCUGAUCAUAAGUGUUCUGGUGGUGUGGUACUGGGCAAGAAACGCAAAAUAUCUUUGUCAAAGAUACGAAAAUUCGUUUACAUGA